ACUUCAACUCCUUCUACUUCUUCUUCUUCUUCAUCUUCAUCGUCUUCUUCUUCCUUCUCUCUCUCUCUGAAAUUCCACCGCAGAGGAGGAGAGAACAUGCAGGCCUCCGACGACGUCCGCAACCUCCCGAUCGACAUCACGUUCUCUCGCCUCGGAGAAUGGUUGGUCGAUCGGAAGAGGAUACCGUCCGAUUGGCGGAAGCGGCUGGCGGCGAUAAGAGGUCUCGUCGCGAAGCAGUUCCCCGGCCUUCCCAAGGACGUGGAUCCUUACUUCCAGACCCUGGACCCCGAAGGGAUUGGAUACUUAGAGGCCAAACAGAUAUAUGAUAUUCUCUUAAAGUCAACUCCAGAAAGCAGGAACAUUUUUGGCCGGCUAUCAGGUGCUGCCGGUUCUUGGGAGACAAUUGUUCGUUCUUUCGAGAAAGAUCAUAUAUUCCUAGGCGAAGCUGCUCAGAUAAUGAUCCAAAAUGUCAAUUAUGAAAUCCCCUAUCAGAAGAAACAAGUUCAGAAGAUUCAGCAGCAACUAGCAGAGCUGGAGCGUAGAGAAGUUGAUAUCAAAAGAAAUGCAGCUUUGUCAGCAGCUAAAUAUAUAGAGGCUUGUCAAGAGCUUGGUUUGCAGGGAUCAAAUGUGAGGUUUGAACUCUUGGAAACUGCAAAAUCACUUCCAAGCACAUUUAGCAAAAUUCUGGAAGUUAUAAACAGCGACUCAAUGUCUCGAGCUAUUGAGUAUUACUCAAAUUUUGUGAAAGAUGCUCACACAGAGAAGGAUAUAUGUCCUAAGAGUGUUGUUCCAAACUUGAUAGACAUUCGUGAAAAUCCACCGUCUUUGAAUGUUUCUGCUGUCUCUGAUAUCACAGACUCUGCAAAUACUCUAUCAGGCUUCAAUGAGACAAUCGGUGAUGUGGAUGCUGCUGCAGAUAAUAUCGAUUGGGAUAUCUCAGUGGACAAUGCUGCAAUUGAUUGGGAUAUUGGGACUGUGGAAGAAACUGAUGACGGUGGUAAUGGCUUUGGUACUUAUGAAAUUGUCACAGCAAGUGAGGUCAAUGAAGCCGUCGAACCUAAUCAAAAUCAACCAAGCAAUGCUGGACAGGACACAUCAGUGUCAGAGAUAUCUUGGGAUGUUAGUGUUGAAACACCUCAAGUUGAUGUCAUUGAUGAUGUUAGCUUGCCCAAUGUAGGUGCAGUUAAUUCACCAACUGUUGCACAAGCUGCAGAAACAGAGGAAGGUCGAAGCCAGCUUUUAGAUACAGAGUAUAGAAAUAAGAUUCUCGAUGAUCUCUAUGAGAUCAAAGCCUUUCUCCAUCAGCGAUUAGCAGAGUUGAGGAAUCAAGAGACAUUAUCUUUGCAGCAUCAAGUCCAGUCAGUUGCUCCCUUUGUUCUACAGCAGUUUGCUGCUGAUGUCAUCGAGCCAAUGAUUUCAGACAUUUCAUCGGCCAUUUCUCUUCUGACAAACAGGAAAACUCGAGACUUAAUCAUGAUAUUGAACUCCAAAAGAUUUUUGGACAGAUUGGUGAGUUCGCUUGAGGAAAAAAAGCACCAUGAAGCUAAGUUGAAAGAGGGGUUAAAGGACGUUGCUGCUAAACACAUGGAGCUGCAGAACUCGCUAUCUUCAUCCUGGCCAAAGCAGGAAGCUGCUCUUCGGAAAACCCGGGAGCUGAAGAAGCUUUGCGAGACUACACUUUCGUCCAUGUUCGACGGAAGACCGGUUAACAUCAUCGGAGAGAUCAAUACCUUGUUGAAUAUCGGAAUUGGCGCAUAGGCUUUAGACGUCGCGCGAGCGAAGGGGGGGCAUUCCUGCGGUGAUUCUCAAUUGAAUUCGUCUGCCUUGAUGCGAUAGAACUCUUCAGUUAGGUGUUAGGAAGUCUCUUUCUUUUAGAACGUAGCAUUCUUUGGGGUACCUUUUCACAGACGUUCUACUUACAUACUACAUCAUUUACCAUUGCAACUAACACAAUUUCUCUCU